CCACACCCAGGCCUGGAGAACAGUCACCUCCCCGCCAGGCAGCUUUCACUAUAAACAGUGUACAUCGGAGAAGAGUUCCUGUGCUGGGCCUGGAAUCUUCUGAGCUGACAUCUGUCUAAUCUUCUGUGGAGUGCCAUUAGGGGGAAAUCAUGGCCGCAGUCGGUACUAAGGGAACCAUUAAACCUUACCCAAACUUCAACGCAGCGGAAGAUGUCCAGAAACUGCGAAAAGCCAUGAAAGGGAUGGGCACAGAUGAAGAUGCCGUCAUCGAUGUGAUUGCAAAUAGGACUCUAGCUCAACGCCAGGAAAUCAAAACUGCCUACAAGACCACUGUGGGAAAGGAUUUAGAAGAUGAUUUAAAGGCAGAGCUCACUGGACACUUUGAGAAAGUCAUCGUAGGUCUGCUCACCCCAAUAACGCUGUAUGAUGUUCUGGAACUGAAGAAGGCAAUGAAGGGAGCAGGCACUGAUGAAGGUUGUCUUAUUGAAAUCCUGGCUUCUCGUUCUGUAGAAGAGAUCAGACGUAUCAACCUCACUUAUAGGACAAAAUACAGCAAGUCCCUGGAGGACGAUAUUUGUUCUGACACCUCUUUCAUGUUCCAGAGAGUGCUGGUAUCUCUAGCUGCUGGUGGCCGGGACCAAAGUGAUAAGGUUGAUGAAUCACUUGCCAAGCAGGACGCCAAGGACCUGUAUGAAGCUGGCGAGAAGAAAUGGGGAACGGAUGAAGUCAAGUUUUUGACCAUUCUUUGUACUAGGAACAGACAACAUUUACUUAAAGUGUUUGAUGAAUAUAAGAAGAUCGCAAAGAAAGACAUUGAAGCGAGUAUCAAGUCUGAGAUGUCUGGUCACUUUGAAGAUGCUCUCCUUGCUAUCGUAAAAUGCAUCAGGAGUAGACCCACUUACUUUGCGGAGAGAUUAUAUAAAUCUAUGAAGGGUCUGGGCACCGAUGACAACACUCUGAUCAGAGUAAUGGUCUCUCGAUGUGAAAUCGACAUGUUGGAAAUCCGCUCAGAGUUCAAGAAGUUGUAUGGAAAGUCUCUGCACUCCUUUAUAAAGGGAGACUGUUCUGGAGAUUACAGGAAGGUUCUCCUGAAACUGUGUGGAGGAGAAGACUGAAUAAUUAAUUUCCCAAAAGGGUAUCUCCUAAGACUAGGAAAUUUCCUCAUGUCAUCUCAUACAUGCACCAAUCUUGUAUUGCUAGCAUUAAAAAUAAAUGUACUUUUUUAUGCUUAUAUGAGCUAUAAAGUUUAAUUAAAUAUACAUUUUUACAUCUGCUGAUUUAAG